CUGAUAAUUUAUUAUUUAACAUAUUUAAGUUAAUUAAUAUUUAAAUUUUGGUAAAUAAACAUCUAUCUAGUAAUUAAACUGUUUAGUAAUUAUAAUGGAAACUGUUCCUAAAGAAUUAAGACAUUUACGUGCUUGUUUAGUUUGCUCGUUGAUAAAGACCAGUGAUCAAUUUGAAAUCGAUGGAUGUGACAACUGCGACGAAUUCUUACGAAUGAAAAAUAACAAAGACAAUGUCUUUGAUUGUUCGAGUGCUAAUUUUGAUGGAAUGAUCGCAGCGAUGAGUCCUGAAGAUAGUUGGGUAGCUAAAUGGCAACGAAUAAAUCGUUUUACGAGAGGAGUUUAUGCAAUAUCGGUAUCAGGAAGAUUGCCAGCAGCAGUAAUUAGGGAAAUGAAAAGCCGGGGAAUCGUUUAUCGUCCACGUGAUACAAGUCAAAGAUAAACAUUUUUCGAAAUAUAAUAAAAUGUCCAUUAUUAUAAUUAACAAUACUUUAAUAGAUAAAUUAUAAUUUAUCUUAACAACAAUUUGAGAUUCUCUGUGAAUUUAUUAUUCUAUAAUUUAUCAAAUUUGUGCAAACAAUAACAUUCUUGUAAUUUAAUAAUUUUGGAAGGAAUAAAAUUACUUUGUUUUUUU